AGGGAGGAAACCAGACCUGCCGGAUUCACAGCAGCCAGCCGUCAUCUGCAUCCACGACCCGAGAUGACAUCGUAACCUGGGCGGUGAGCAGCGCAGAUACCAAAACACGGCCGCUUUGUUGAGGAGGACCUGCCGUCUCCGGACAUGAAUUCGGCGGAACAGACGGUUACGUGGCUGAUCACGCUCGGGGUGCUGGAGUCGCCGAAGAAGACCAUCUCGGACCCCGAGGCGUUCCUGCAGACCUCCCUGAAGGAUGGGGUGGUCCUGUGCAGGCUGCUGGAGCGGCUCAGCCCGGGCUCCACGGAAAAAAUCUACCCAGAUCCCAAGAACGACGGCGAGUGCCUGAGCAACAUAAAGGAGUUUCUGAAGGGCUGCACAUCGUUUCGCGUCGAGCCGUUCGAGGCCAGCGACCUGCUGCUGGGACUCAACUUCUCCAAGGUGCUGAGCAGCCUGGUGGCUUUGAACAAAGUGACGGCAGAUAUCGGCGUGGGCAGUGACUCGGUGUGCGCCCGGCACUCCUCGGCUCACCGCAUCAAGUCGUUCGAGUCGCUGUCCUCGCAGGCGUCGCUGGGCCGGUCCUCCAAGCUGCUGCUCAACCAGUUCCGCAGUCUGGACAUGUCCGAGAACAGCGGGCAGCAGCUGCUGGUCAAGGCUCGCUUCAACUUCCAGCAGACCAACGAGGAUGAGCUGACCUUCAGCAAGGGGGACAUCAUCGGCGUGACGCGCCAGGAGGAGGGCGGCUGGUGGGAGGGCACCUUCAACGGCCGCACCGGCUGGUUUCCCAGCAACUAUGUGCGCGAGGUCAAAGGUUCUGACAAACAAGUGUCUCCGAAGUCUGGGACCCUGAAGAGCCCCCCCAAAGGCUUCGACACGUCUGCCAUCAGCAAGACCUACUAUAACCUGGUGUUACAGAAUAUUUUGGAAACGGAGACUGAAUAUUCCAAGGAUCUUCAGAAUCUCCUGAUGAACUACCUGCGGCCGCUUCACAGCGUCGACAAACUGAGCGGCUCAGACGUGGCUCUCAUCCUGGGGAACCUGGAGGAGAUCAGCACCUUCCAGCAGAUGCUGGUCCAGUCGCUGGAGGAGUGCACGAAACUUCCAGAAAGCCAACAAAGGGUGGGCGGCUUCUUCCUCAACCUCAUGCCACAGAUGAAGGCUCUCUAUAUCGGCUACUGCUCCAACCAUCCGUCUGCAGUCAACGUCCUCACCCAGCACAGUGAUGUGCUGGGGGAGUUCAUGGAGAGCCGCGGGGCGGUCACCCCGGGGAUCCUCACCCUCACCACGGGCCUCAGCAAGCCCUUCAUGAGACUGGACAAAUACCCCACCCUGCUCAAAGAGCUGGAGAGGCACAUGGAGGAGAACCACCCCGACAGGCCGGACAUUCAGAAGUGCAUGACGACCUUCAAAAGUCUCUCUGCGCAGUGCCAGGAGGUCCGCAAGCGGAAGGAGCUGGAGCUGCAGAUCCUGACCGAGUCCAUCCGGCUGUGGGAGGGGGACGACAUCAAGACGCUGGGCUCGGUCCUCUACAUGAGCCAGGUCUUGGUCCAGAGCCACGUCUCAGAGGAGAAGAACGAGCGCUACCUCAUGCUCUUCCCUCACGUCCUGCUCAUGUUGUCCGCCAGCCCCAGGAUGAGUGGGUUCAUCUUCCAGGGGAAGCUGCCGCUGGCCGGAAUGAUCGUGACCAAACUGGAGGACGGCGAAACCCUGAAGAACUCAUUCGAGCUCAACGGCACCAUGUUCGACCGCCUCCAGGUGGCGUGCUCCAACCAGCAGGACCUGCAGGACUGGGUGGAGCACCUGAGCAGACAGAUCAAGCACACCGCCGCCACGGCGCCCAGCCACAAGCCGCUCGCCGUUCCCUGCCACACGCUCCCCUCUCACCCCCUCACCCCGUCCCGGCACGCCGAGGGGAGGGCGAUGACGGUGGCGCCGACGUACCACACCCUCCCCCACCCCUCCUCGCACGGGAUGUCUCACAGCACCAUGAUGUGGGGCCCCCUGGAGCCCCCCAACACCCCCAAGCCCUGGAGCCUGAGCUGCCUGCGGCCCGCCCCCCCGCUGCGGCCCUCCGCCGCGCUCUGCUACAAAGAGGAUCUCAGUAAAAGUCCGAAGAGUGUGAAGAAGCUGCUCCCCAAACGCAAACCGGAACGCAAGCAGUCGGAGGAGGAGUUCGCCUUGAGGAAGAGUACAGCUGCUCUGGAGGAAGACGCCCAGAUCCUGAAAGUCAUCGAGGCGUACUGCACCAGCGCCAAGACCCGGCAGACCCUCAACUCCACCUGGCAGGGCACCGACCUGAUGCACAACCACGUGCUGGCCGACGUGGACCAGUCGUGCGCGGAGCCGCCGGGCCGCCGCGGCAGCGUGUCGCGGCCGGAGCUGACCUCCGACCUGUCGGAGGACUCAGACUAUGACUCCAUCUGGACCAGCCACAGCUACCGGAUGGGCUCGGUGCCGCGGCCGCAGAGGGAAACGGGGCUUCAGGUCAUCGUCCCCGGGGAGGACAGACUCCUGGUGGACGAUCCCAGCCGCAACGGGCAGAGUGCUGCCGAGGACAAGAGCCUGGUGGAUGUGGUGUACGCCCUGAGGGACGAGGUUCAGGAGCUGAAGCAGGACAAUAAGAAGAUGAAGAGGUCUCUGGAGGAGGAGCAGAGGGCGCGUAAGGAUCUGGAGAAAGCUGUGAGGAGGCUGCUGAAGAGCAUCAACGACCCCACCUGGGACGAGACCAACCUGUGAGACUCCAGUCCGUCCGGCCGGCCGGAGCGCCGUGCUGUGUGUCCACUCGCCUGCUCAGUGUCAAACACAUACUCACAUAAACCGUUAUCAGGCGACUCUGUGUGAGUGUGUGUGUGUGUGUGUGUGUGUCCAUGCAUUAAGAUGGGCAUGAGCGUGCCUUGAUGCUGAACUGCCUCGAGCCUCUUUUCCCACAGUAACAUUCCUGAAGCAGCAGGUCAGAGAUGGAAUCGUUUGAAGAAACGUGGCGGGAAACGCCUGCAGCGCAGCGGAGACUUCACUGAUGUUUACAGUCAUUUCAACAGCGCCGCUGUCCACCGGUACAUCACGGUACUUCAGUGGUUUAUACCGUCUGGGACACGUUUAAACUUGAAUAAUGCCUUUUUCACAGCUGCUCAUAUUUAAUGUGUUGAUAACGUCGGCAUUCUGCAGGGUUUUUCUAUUAGACACGGGCCUGGUGUUUUUAGCCUGGAGCAAAGGUCAUCGGUUUUUGUGAAAUUUCUGACCUCUUUGUUCUUUUACCCCUUUGUAUUUUGACCUUUUUUCUGGGCAUCCCAAGGGAACUGUACAGAUGUUGAACUUGUACUGUAUGAUGUAAAUACUGCUAAAAGAUGAGCCUGUGUUUGGGAGAAAUAAACGUGUUUCUUUAAAGGA